AUGAUGUCAACUGCAUCAUCCUCGGCUGGAUCCACCGGUUCCGGCGUUGCUCAACGCUCUUCGACCUGGCAAGACAGACUUCAAGCCCACUGCUCCCAACGCCAUCUCUCAUCCCCAGAAUACAAAGUCUUCUCCGACCGUCGAGGCAAGCGCACCGCCUGGUCCUGCCACAUCACCGUCUCGGGGCUUACGAUCCCGGCUCGCUACUGGUACGAUGGGCAGUAUGUGAACACUGCGAAGGAAGAUGCGGCAGAGGCUGCCCUGCAGAAACUGCUGGGACGGGGGAAUGGUGCCAUGGGCUCUGUAGGGCAAGGGAGGGUUGUGGGAUGGUAA